AUGGACAUCUUCGUUGGCGGCACGCCCGCAAACGAGACCAUCACCAGUCUCUUCUCGCGCGACACCUCGUCGGCGGGCGGCCUCUGGGACCUCUCCGACCCGCUGGGACUGGUGAUGGCAAAGCUCCCGGGAGAUCUCUUACUCGCCGGCCUCAUGGCGGCUUACACCAAAAACGGCAUUUUCGCUUCCCUGUUCAUUUUACACAGCGUCUCCGCCGCGCCCAAGCCUUGGUACUACGCGCUCUACGUUCCAGGGUCUGGUUGGGGCGUCUUUUCCACGUGGGACCUCUGCGCAGCGCACGGCGCCGUCGGGGGCUCGAGGGCGCGCCACAAGAAGUACCGCGACAUCCAAGAGGCGCUCGACCACAUCAACGUGCACUACCCAAUCCCGACCUCGACCCAGAUCCUACUCGACUUCUGGUACCCGUUUGAAGGGGAGGCAACGCCAGCCCAUCCCGGCGUCCUUCUCCAACCCGUCGUCCUGAGCCCCGGCACGAUCACCACCUACGCCCAGCCAGGCAACGGCAACGGCGCCGCUGCGUCGUCAUCUGCUGCGUCGUCCUCGACGGCAACCGGCAACGGCGCCACUGCGUCAUCGUCGGCUGCAUCGCCCUCGACCUCGCCCGGCGACGGCGCCAGCAUCGAAGAGCUCGAUCCAUCGACAUCCUCCCCCAUCGACCGGCCGCCGAGGCGCAAGCGCCGCGGCAAAGCGCGGACGACCUUCGGAGGUGCGGGCGAUCCCAAGGGCUCGUCCAAGGUGCUGAAGACACACCACGACGGCACGUCGGACCCUUUGUCCUACGCCGACGCCACCGCUGGCAAGAAGCGUGACAAGAAGCGCGCCGCAUCGACUGCCCUCGACAAGGCGGCGGAGGAGGAAGCCCUUGCUAAGAAGCACAACGCAUCGUCUGCCCUCGACGAGGCGACGACCGACGACGAAGCCCUCGCCGCCGGACAACGCCUCGCCGACGCCGAGCGCGAAGGCACGGGCGACGACCACGAACCCGCCAUCGCCCCGGCGGACGACGGCGCCGACGCCGAUCCGGCAGACGCCGAGCAUGUCGACACCACGACGGAUGAGUCCACCUCGGAGGGCGACGUCGACAUCGACGAGGGGCCCAUCUCCCAGCGCCUCAAGCGCCGCGAUGGAAGCAAGCCCCCGCCGCCUUACAGUGGCCACGACGACGACGAAGAACCGUCCGACGAGGACGUCGGAGGAGAGAGCGAGGAGGGGAACGUGGCGGAGCAGGCGGGGGGAUCGCAAGCCGCCAGCAGCUCCAACACCAACCCACCUCGCCAAACCUUCUCUUGCUCCAUCUGCGCCCGAGACUUCAAGACAGCCAAGUCGCUCUGCACGCACUUCAAGACGCACAACUACACGCCCGUGGACCUCGCCUCCAGUGGGCUCACCAAGUGCGAGUGCUGCGCCCAGAUUUGCUGCCUCAUCCCCAACAAACUUCCGGAUGGCUCUGGUGGCAACGGGACGAGCAUGUUCUUCAACCACCUCUCGUCUCGCAACGACCCGCUGCACAAAGCCCACAAGGAGAAGAUCACGCCGAAGGCCGAGUGCACCGACGCCAUCGCCAAGGCACUGCAGCACGCGGCGCCGGGCACACCGGGCGCCAACCUGACCCACGCUGACAACCGUGGCGUCUCGGCUGCCACUCGCACCCGGCGGCUCGCGUGGGCGCCCGCCGUCCCGGGCGCCGCUGCGUCCUCUGCAGCUGCUGUUGCCGCCCUCCGCAACGCCACCGGCGUCUCGCUCGCUUGGAACUCCCCCUCGGGGGUGGCCGACACGAUCAAUCUCAACACUACGCCCGCCGCAGACUACGAUCUCUCCAUCUGCGACAGCGUCUCGAUCGAGUGCCUCAAGCGUCUCCACCUGCAGAGCCAAGACUUCCCCGACAACAAGGAGUACCGUGCAAAGAUCCGCUCAGUGCUCGAGUUCGGGAUGAAGGCCUUCGGCGGCAACCCCAACGCGCCCGGCACCGAAGACGGCGCCCGAGGUGCCAUCUUCGUCGUCGCGUCGACGAUCCUCGUCACCUGCCGGCCGAGCGGCUCGCCGCGCUACACGACCGACCAGAUGGUCGAGCGCGCCGCAACCAUCGCCCACUCGCCCGACGGCUUCCUGGCCCUCUGGAAAGAGCUGGCGCUCUCCGCCUCCGUCCCGCCCACCCCACUGGAGCAGGGCGACGCUGCCGACUCGCCGGGCCCCUCGCAGCCUUCCAUGGAACAGAUGGUCAAGAGGGCCCACUACUACGCGAACCGGGGCGAGUUCGGCAAGGCGUGGGCGGCCUUCUCGCCCUCCGCGCCCGCCGACGGCCGCGACCCCAAGGUUGUCGCCAACUACCUCGGCAAGACGCCACAAGCGCGGGCCCCGCCUGCCAGUGUCACCGCCGACGAACCGGGCGUCGCGCGGUAUGAACUGAAGAGGAAGUUCUUCAACAAGUUCGCAAAGUCUUUGCCUCGCGCCCGCAAGGGCGGCCCGACCCAAGUCGACUACGAGCUCGUCCGCAUCAUCACCGAGUCGACCGACGGGGCGGACUGCCUCUUCAACUUCUGCACCUCCGUUGGCUGGGGUGUCAUGCACGAGCGUCUCAAGCGGCUUGAGGACGACCUCAACGCCGUCUGCCUCUGGAAGGACGAUGGCGUCAGCUGCCGGCCCCUCGGGCUCUGCAGCAUCUUCACGCGCUCAGCUGAACGGUGCAUCGCGCUCCAGGAGCGCGACUGGGCGGAGCAGUUCUGUACCACACAGCUGCCUGAGGUUGCCAAGGCCAGGGCGGAGGCACUCGAGGACGCCACCGUCACCACCGCCACUGCGGAAGCCGCGUACACUUCGAGGUGCAUCACGCACGGACACGGCUCGGCCGAGGCAACGGCCGCCCUCGCCGACCUCGAGGCGGCCGAGGCUGCGGAGGAGCGCGCCCGUGCGCCAGUCAACUUCCCGAAGAACUAUGCGUUCUCCAAGAACGGCACUCACCUGUACGCCCACACCGUCGCGGGGUGGCACGGCACGAAGCCGGAGAACGCGACCAUCUCGGGCGACAAGGAGAACUUCUACAACACGAUCGCCCAGGCGCUCACGGCCGACAACAAGCCUGACCCCAACGGCUGUGGGCGCGUCAAGCUCCUCGACUGGAUCCGCAAGCGACGCCCUGACCUCCUACCCGUCGCUCGCCUCAUCAUGGGCACGCCCAGCUUCAUCCGCCUUGUCAAGGCCGAGGGGGCCUUGCGGCUGCCUUCCGCCGACGGCGACGACCUGGACCUCUCCGCCGCCGAUUGGGACCCACUCAGCCUCGAGUGCCCCGACUACAACGACCCCAACUACGCCAGUCCAACGUGA